AUGAAAAUAUCUGCAGGCUGUUUGAAUAUCCGCGGGCGCGCUUUGAUUGAUUCGAUCGUUCGAAAAAGUAAAAUUUGUGGGUUGGGAAUUGGGAAUUGGGAUGGCAGGGGGCAGCUAACGCAGGAGCAGGGCACCACACAGGCGCCUGCCGCAUUCGGCCAUCGAGGGCGGCGGCGGCGAGUACUGCACCCACUCAACCCGAACUGGGCACUGCGGGAGGGCGAGCAAGAGGCCGACACCAAAACCUUCCUCGAGAGGAUGCAACGCAAAUACCGAGCGGCCAAGUCUGCCUCUGCGAGGGCAGCCCUGGCGACAUGCCCCCCGCCGUCCUGGUCAGAGGGCCCUGCAGUUGUCCACCACUGGCUGGACAUGGGCUGCAAGCACCCCGAUGUCAUCUACCCGCUCUAUAACCCCAGCGAAGUGCCGCGCCGCAUUACCUCUGAAUGCCUCCGGACGGGGCAAGUGUCCGCCAAGAAAGCGAAACGCGAAAGUCAGGAGGAGUGGUUGGUCGAAUGGGAGGACUCAAUAGUACGUAAAACUCACCUGGAUAUGUACCGCCUCAAAACAUACAAGCCCGUUGCGGUGGCGGAGCACGACGCGCUUGGGGAACCAUUUAUGGGGGGCGCCGGGGUGCUAGUCACUUGGGAACCCACGUGGGAACCGAAAUCGACAUUUGAGAAAUUAUUCCCGACGGUGGGGGCAGAGCUGAUCGCCAACUACCUACGGGAGAAAGAACGGGCAGCUGUUGCUGCCGCAACAAUGGCAGCUGCGUGGCCACCUCCGGAUGUCAGCACCGAGGAGAGGCUAGCACAGCAAGGGCUCGUAGCGCCCCCACGACCCGCCUGGCAGUUAACUCGCCCAGACGCCCUCAGCAACAUCACCCUGGACACGAUGCCGAGCUACAGGCGGGCACGUUCGAAGAGGAACUGGUCGGAACUGCUCCGUCGGAGCGCACACACUAGAACGAUGAAGGAGGACCAGAUGCAACGAACGUAUGGUGGCACCCACAACGAACUCGUAGCGGCAGUGCAAGCUGCCACUGGGGCAGAUACAGAACUUUUUGCCUCCCCCCUAGACGUACAUCGGAACAUGCCCAGCUACCUCAGCACGCACCCCAGGGACCAGCUGUUCGGAGCCGGCAUGGAUGCCUACUCCCACCGAUGGGUGGGGGCAUGCUUUGCACACCCCCCAGAGCAGCCUGAAGAACUGGAACGAGCGGUGCGUUGGGCAUUGGCCAGCGCCCGAGAGGCGGACCGCCAUACCCCUGUCUUGACGGUCAUGCUUCUGCCCGACAAUGCUGCACUCACUGCCGUGGACGCCGCGCCCCACGCUCGAUGGCUCGCCUACCCGGAGGUGGUCGACUUGGCAUGCUUCCCCCCGUCAGUGGCGCCACUGCUUGCAGCCAACGACUGGACAGGCGCCCCCCCGCGGUUUGGGUCCCGGCAAUGCACAGGACACCGCCUAGUCGCCAUCGGCAACAAUAUUGGGCGCGAGCGCAUCCUCCGGCGGGACUUUGGUGAACUGUGGGCCGACCUACAUCGUCGGAUACAGCUGCCGGUGUCAUUUGGUCUCCCUUGGCCAUGGCAACAAACUGAUGGCCAGGGCCCGCCACGCUACAAUGAGCAGGCCUAUAAUGCUGCUGUGAUACAACGUGCUGAGCGAUACGAGCAGGCACGCAAAGAACUGACCGAGCAGUAUCGCCGACCCCGCAAGCACGCAACUGCAGCCAGCGACACUAGUAGCCUAUGGCGCUGGCCCCCCGAUGGACAGGCAUCCACCCUGCCGCCUGUUGCGCAACUGCAACAACUGUACGGCAGCCAACAACACCGGCCACGAUACGAGUGGCGGCUUGCGUUUUUCACAGACGGUAGUGUGCAAGCGACAGAAGAGGCAGCCCUCGUGGGAGCCGCUGUAUGGCACUCGACCUUGGGGGCCUACAAGAUCAACACUAACGGGGACGGUCCCGACAACACCAUUACCAGGGCAGAGCUGGCCGCCAUCUUCUGCACGGUGGCACAACGGCUACCACGUACUGACGAAGGCGUGAUAUUCACCGACAGCCAGGCUGCUAUCCACCUUCUACAUCGAGCAGUGCACAAACCCCACACAUUGGAGGGCCACUUGCACAAAGAGCUACUGCUCAAUACGGCACAGAUACUCGUUGAGCGAGCAAAUGAUGGGGUGCGCACACGCAUCCUGAAGGUGAAAGCCCACAGUGGAGUGACAGGCAACGAAGAGGCGGACGCUGCCGCGAAAGCUGCGGCUGGGGCAGAUGAAACCCACGAUUUCGUUAUGCCAGCCCACAAGCCCUUUGGCGGCCAGUGGCAGCCGGCCUUCUUUGAGCCCCCGCCAGAAGGGGCAGAGGGGCCGGCCAGUCUCAGGGCAGUGUCCAAUCUCACCAGUGCUCUCCGUAAGGCCGUACAUGCCAGCACCAAAACCGGCACCAGCAAGCACCGUGACAACCUGGAUAGGAUGGUUACCGCCCGGCAUGCACAAGAAAAAUGCAACAACCAACAAGAAGAGGAAGGCUGA